AUGCAACAACCUCCCGCUAUCCCACCUCGCCCGGCCAAGGGCCAGGAGAAGAACGAACCCGCUGGUAGUACUCCCAAGAUCCCGCCUCGCCCCUCAUCGAAACGAAACGACCGCUCCGUAUCUCCCAAUCCCGAACGAUUCGCUCCUUCACCCUUCAACGGGGGCAUCCCCAAGAAGAGCCCCAUCUCUGCCCGAUUCAACCCAAGCGAUGCUCAGCAGGACCCAAUUCACCGCCCAAACAGCGUUUCCAUGCCCUCUAUCGGUCAGGAGGGUCUCGAAUACAGCGCCGUGGCUCACGAAGUAAAGCCUGAAGAGAUUCAGGUUAAGGAGGAACAAAGAGCUGCAUCUCCUGAACAAACACGCACUAUCGCUGAAGACCUCAAGCUUCAUGCGCCCAAGCCUUCUCUGCCUGCCCUCAGCGCCAAGCAGCGUGUCCAGGCUGUUACCCGCACCGACUCCGAUAAGGCAGCACAAUUUGGCAUUGGCCGUCCUGGAUCUACCUCGGGCGUCAACAAGCAGUCCAGCACCAACGUCUCAGUUAGUGAUGGCCGACCCGAGGUUGAGGACGAGCAUGGCAUCCCCGAAAUUGGCCAGCGUGUGCCCAUGAACCCCCACCUUGGAGAUGUUCAGGCUCCUUCACCUGGGCCUGGCUCUGAAGAAUUCAAGAAGCACCAUCAUCGCAAGCACAGCUCCCGUGGUGGUCCACCGGGCAGCUACGGCCUCCACGGCCACGGUGUUGCACCCUGCGACAAACUCGAGAAGGAAUACUACGAGAAGCACCCUGAAAUCCUUAAGAGGGAGCAUCAGACUCCCCUGCAUGACCGUCAAAAUGAUUUUGCCAUGAGCAAAGAUGACUUGAAUAAGCUGGUCAGAGAUACAAGAUCUCGUGGUGCUGGCAUGGGAACAUCGGGUUAUCAGUCUACCCCGACUGAUGAGGUUGGUUUCCAGGCCAGUGAAGAGUAUACUUCCCGCCUUUCGCCCCGUCCCGCCUCUGCCAUGGAAAGCAAGGUCCAGCCUCUAUCUUUCAAGUCGGAGGUCACCAACCCUGAGGGUCAGAGUGUAGUGCACGUUGAUGACCCCAAGCACCCCGAGUACCGCUCAUAUGGUGACGAAGACCCUGCUGUGGAUGAUGAGGAUCAUGAAUACAAUGCACCCAUCCUGGCUGCUGAUGAGGUCAAGAAUGACAAUCAUUCUUACAGCCAGCAGCCUGCCGUCCACCCACCUCCUGACCGUCGAGGUAGUGGUGAUCUGGAAGAGCCCACCAGUCGACCUUCCAGCAGGGCCAACAGACCCAAGAGCAGACCCACCAGCAUUUACAGGAACAACGACUCUCAGGAAUUUGCCCCCACCUCUCUGGACGAUGUUGAGGAAUACGAGCCUCUCUUCCCCGAAGAAGGCAAGCAGGAAGCCCAGAAGCCAGCAGCUGGCAACAAGGCCCGCCAUUAUUUCCCUAGCAAAGACAUCUGGGAGGAUGCCCCAGAAAGUGUGCACUACACCGUUGAGGUUUCGACACCAGACCAGGCAGAACAAACAGAGCAGACGGAAGAGACACGACGUCGCUCAGCUGCCGCGGACCGUCCCAAGACACCUGCUCAUCUUUUUGCUCAGAGACAGGAAGAACUUGCAGAGCAGGAAGUCAAUGGACCUGUGGAUAUCCAGCCCCCCAAGAACCACGACCAGCCCAUCUGGUACGACCCUAAGGAAUCCGAUUCUUUCCUCAACAACAACAAAAGGCCAUCUGCCGGCCAGCGAUUCCCUAGUCGGGAUAUCUGGGAAGAUGCCCCUGAGAGUCAACUUUACGAGACCACUGUUUCUGACUCUCCUCAAGUCGAGAAAGAGUCAAAGGUGGAGUUCAAGGAAGAACCCAAGGAGCAGAGCAAACCUUCAAUCCCUGAACGACCGGUCAAAAAGGCUUCUGAAGAUCGUCCUUCAAUUCCUGAACGACCUAAGCCGAAACAUACCACAAGUGACGAGGGAAAUUCAAAGCCGCCUGUUUCAGACAAGCCAAAACCUUCGAUCCCUCCUCGACCCACAAAGUCUGCAUCAGGAGAUUCAUUGGAACCUAAGCAGAAGCCUCCUGUGCCUAGUAGGCCGGCCGGUAGCAAGAUUGCCGCACUUCAGGCGGGCUUUAUGAGUGACCUGAACAAGCGCCUGAAGCUGGGACCUCAAGCUCCCAAGAAGGACGAUCCAAAGCCACAGGAGGAUUUAACGGAGGAGAAGGAGAAGGCUCCGCUUUCCGAUGCCCGUAAGGGUAGGGCCCGGGGCCCACAACGCCGAGCUCCGGCCCGGAGCCCCGCUGCUGUCCCCGCACUUACCACUGGAUCUUCAGGUCCUUCUCUGUCAUUCUCAAUUCCCCAGACUCUCUGGUCAAUUAACCCUGAAGGUUCUCUGUCUGUCUCUGGCGAGCAGACCCCAGUGUCUGAACCAGAGCCCGUCGAGGAAAAGAAUGAGGAGCCAGAGCCUGUUGAGGAGAAGAUCGAGGAGCCCGAGCCUAUUGUUGAAAAGAGGGAGGAGCCUGAAGUUGCACCCUCCGCACCUCAAGAAACGGUACCUAAGUCAGACCCAAACUUUGAGCCCAAGCCGGAGCUCCGAUCAGAACUUGAAUCGGAAUCAGUCCCUGUCCACAGGGAUCCUGAGCCCGCUGCAGGAGAACUGCCUCAAGAAGCUGAACCAGAGCUCCCCACUCAGCAAGCUGCUGUGGAGCCUUCGACCGAGCCUACUCAGGAGGCACCUGCACAAGACGCCGAGCCUAAGCAACAGGAAGAGCCUGUUCAGAUUGAGAAGAGUCUUGUCACAAACACGGCCGGUGAGAGUAUUUUGGAAACGACUCUGGACAAGAAGGAGGGAGGUGACGCAGUUGAGCCUGUUGCAGUGUCCGAUGAAGUGAAGUAG